UUCCUCCUCAUCCAUUCCAUCUUCUACACCUCUUCAUCCACGAAUUCACCAUGUCUGUCCUCCAGAGUCUCCGUUCCACGUACCGUCUCAACUCCGGCCAUGAGAUUCCCGUCCUGGGAUACGGGGUCUAUAUGAUCCCAUCUUCCCAAACAGAGAAAGCCGCUCUUGAAGCAUUCAGAGUCGGCUAUCGCCAUGUCGACUCGGCCAUCAUGUACCACAACGAAAAGGCGUGCGGGCGCGCCAUCGCCAACUCGGGCCUCGAUCGAUCGGAGAUCUUCUUCACGACCAAGAUUCCCCCGGAAUCGAUGGGGUACGAUCGCACCAAGCGGGCCAUCGACUCGAGUCUGCGCGAAGCCCAGCAGGAGUAUUUCGAUCUAAUCCUCCUGCAUGCUCCUUAUGGCGGGAAGGAAGCCCGACUCGGGUCGUGGAAGGCCCUAGUGGAGGCCCAGAAGACCGGCAAGACCCGGUCCAUCGGGGUAUCCAACUACGGGGUGCACCACCUCGAGGAACUGGAGGACUACAUCCAGUCCGGCGGGGGCGGGCAGAUCGACGUCGGACAGUAUGAGUUGCAUCCGUGGCUGGACCGAUCGGAGAUUGUGGAGUGGUUGCAGAGCCGGAAGAUUGUGGUGGAGGCGUACUCGCCGCUGGCGCAUGGCACGCGCAUGGGCGAGCGGGUGCUGACGGAGCUGGGGAAGAAGUAUGGCAAGUCGCCGGCGCAGAUUAUGAUCCGAUGGGGAUUGCAGAAGGGGUUUGUGCCUCUUCCUAAAUCGGUGACUCCGAGUCGCAUGCAGGAGAAUGCCGACGUGUUUGAUUUUGCGCUGUCGGAUGAGGAGAUGAAGACGCUGCAUACGGGCGAAUACUCGCCUACGGACUGGGAUCCGACGAUGGAUUAUGAUUAA